ACGGCACGGCCCGGAUCGAGUCAGGUCGCGCUGCCCACCUCCUUGAGCCGGGGAAGCGGGAGAGCAGCCGCCCGCGCGGCAGGCCGGUACGUCCCCGGCACGGCAGCGCCUCGCGCCGCGCACGGUGCGCGCGCACGUCGCGCGGGAUGCCGCGGCCUCACGACGUGGGAGCGCGUGUGGCGCUGAGGGGGUGGGAGGAGGCGGGAAGGAGAGGUGCGGGGGUGGCACCGGCACAGCGAGCGGGGCGGCUGUGGGUUUGGGCCCACUUAUUUGGUGUGAAUGCUGUUUACCGGCCUUAGACACUACAUACCAGGGUGCAAGUUUGUAAUGCCGUGUCCCUUACAACAGCAGCAUUCGCACGUGAAAUCCUAAUUCCGGUACAGCAGUCAUCAGUGAAAUAAAAUGUCUUCUCCUGAUCCUUCGUUCACAUCGCAGUAUUAUAUAUUUCUUGGUGUGUGUUUGAAUGCGCAAGAUAUCUAACACCUGUGCGUCUGAACGCAGCUAUACGCUUCCUGAGGGGAGGCUGAGUCACUUGAAGUUGAUAGGAGAUGUCCACUAUCUUUCUACUUUAGCAUUCUUUAAACACCAAGUCUUGGUUUUAAUUUUGUUUAGGUGGGCUUUUUUUCUGUCGCUUGAUGUCAGAAGCGACAUGGCCGCAUCUCCAUUGCAGAGAUAGCAAACGUUUCAUCAUCAUUUCCCUUACAGCAGAGGAAAUAAUGAAGAUACAAAAUAAAUGGACAAAGCUAAUAGUUACAUUUUUGCAUCUUUGUAACUAGGGGCUCCUUCUAGUGGGGCGUCUACUUCAAGGAGGAGUAACAACUGCUGGUUACUCUUUGUCCCAGCUGUCACCUCUUAGGGACUGGCACCGAGUCCUCCAGCCGCUCUUCGCUUCGGAAGGCCCCUGGCAACCUCAGCAGAGAGACUGAAACCUGACUCCCCUCUGUUCUUUGCUGGCACCAAGCGCGAGAGGAGCUGGCAAUGAAUGCCACAGUUGCAAAUAGUUUCAGAUGUUCAUAGCUUGACAGACUUUAUCUGCUUACUUUCCUCACGCUGAGAUAUUCCUCCCCCCCCUUUUUUUUUUCCUUUUAAAUGUCAGGUUAAAUGAUUUAGCAACUUUAAAUAGUGAGGUGAGAACCCUAACAAAUCUAACCAAGGUUAGUGAUCCAUUAGGGUAGCUGCUGACUGUGCUUAUAGCAAGACACCGUGCUUGCUCUGUGUAUUUAUGUUCAGUUCUGUCUGGGCUUGGAAAAGAGCAUUGCAAGAGGUGAAAGUUUGUUGUUGUCACUGAGAGACUCUCUGAUUUGCUUGCACUCUGGCAAAAGCAAAGCCAAAUAUUAACACAUGGAGAUUUUCACAUAACAGUAUCUCCAGUGUUAAUUUUUUUUUUUUUUUCAUUAGGAUUCUCCCAUUUUCACAAAAAGAGCAAAACCACCCUAGUGAAUGUUUGGAAACAAUCCCACCUCUUGGCAUACGUUAUGACAGAAGGACUAUGCUGACACUGAAAUACAAAAGCUCUUGUCAGAAGUAGAAGAACAUGCAUAAGAUUCCAUUUGAACUGAACUUUUGGGAGUAAGAGAUAAUAAAACUUGGUCUUGUGCUUGGUUUAAGGGUAGAUAGACUUUCAGUUGAGUGGUCCAGGCAUAGCAGGCUGGUUUAAUUAACACCAUCCCUUUUGUCUUCGAAGCAGCAUCGCAUGGUUUUGUGGCUAUUUGUAAAAGAAUACAGUUUUUUUGACCCUUAAGCGUAGAUGGGAUUUACAGGAAAUAUACAGACUCUGUCUGUACCAGUAAAUGAAGCAGAGCAGGCUUUGUUAUCCAGGUGUCAGUACAAGUGGCAUGACGUAGCAUGGCGUAGUUUGCAUAUAUACAACUACAUUAUUUACCCUUCAAAACAGGGUGGUCUUUUCCAUACUGCCUGCUGGAUUUAGACAGAUUAUAAAGUUACUAAGCCAUGCAGGCCCCAGUUUGCAUGAGGACAUUGACUCAGGCAGUUCUAGUCAGGGGCCCAAUUGUGCCAUGCCAGCAGUCAGAAGUAUGGGCAGUUGUGUGCCAGCCCUCAGAUUCUGCCUUUGUUCCAUAAAAAUCACCAGCAUAGAGAAUCAGAGUCAGAUGAGGGAGGAAAUUGGCUUGAGCCUGCAGCUGAAGCAGGGAUGUGAAAGUAUGGAAACAAUGAUGGGCUAUAGACCCACAGGGAGUACAGAGUGGUCUAUAACAGAUUUCUUUAUAGUCUGAAGAAGUAAAACCACCCUUGCUAUGUAAACUGUGCUUUUAGAAAUGCUGCUCUGAGUGCAAUUUAACUGACUGAAAAUGUUACUUGCAUUUUAAAUAACCAUUCAUGUGAGUGCAAUGAUACUGAACAAAAAAUACUACUUGGCAUAACUGUGUGUCCAGUACAUUACCUCUCCAGUGUUGAAAGGCAAAGAAAUAUUUGAUGUAAAGACAAUUAAAGACUACAAGGUAAUGAGCAGUGUAGUGUAGGUGUAUUUUUUUUUUUUUAUACAGUAUUUUCAAGUCAAAUUGAUAUUCUUGUGUACAAUAAGAGCAACCUGACAGAUCAAUCAACCAACAGUUCAGUGUUUGGGCUGAGCACGUGCUGCGAGUUUGGGAACAUGGAGUAAUAGAGUUCUAAAGAUAGAUGUCCCUUCCCUACCCCACAACACAACUGUUCAAAAAAUAUGUAUAUUCACUUGCCAUUCCUAAUUGCGAAAGGAGAGAGGAAAAAAACGUUGUGGGAAAUACCCACAUCACACAAAGAUAUAAUUGAACAGUUUUUAAAGAGUGUCACAACAUUUCCUCUUUGGUUCUAAAAGAGGUGGUAUGCCAAGCUGCUCUGAGAGCUGAGGUGAAAUUGAAAUGCUCAGUAUACAGUCUUCUGAGAGGAAAUGUGAGAGAAAGAGAAGAAGAUGACUGCUGUAUCUGCCUGCUUCCAGGUUGUCACUGCUUGAUAGUAACAAGGCUGAACAGAUGCUUUUGACUGGAGGUUUGAAAUCUCUCCUUCCACAUGCACGAAGAAGAAUAAUUCAUUGCAACAGACUUCGUAUUAGUAAUAUCUCUGGAAUGGCAGAAGGCUAUAAACAGGCCAGUGUGGUGAUUCUGCACAAGUCCCUGGCUGAUGACUUCGAGAAGUUCUGCCACGCAAACAGUGGAGCACUGCCACUGCUGUACAGAAGUAAACCAGGGGAAUGGAAGUGUCCUUCUCUGAGUAGUGAUUCUGAUACCAGAACUGACUGCCUGCAGUACAGAAAGUAUGAGCACGGAGCUUUUACUGGAUCUCUAAGAAGUCUAAAGGAUUAUUCUGAACAGCUGAAGGACAUGGUGGCUUUCUAUUUAGGCUGCAGCUCUAAUUUUGAGAAAGUACUCCAAGCUGCUGGCAUUCCUGUAAGAAAUAUUGAACAGAAAUGUAACAUAAGUAUGUAUAAGACAGCUGUACCAUGCUACAGUAUUUCUAAUUUUUGCUGCAACUUAGUUGUGGCAAUGAGACCAAUUCCUGAGAGCAAAUUGGAAGCAGCUGUGCUAGCAACAUCUGAAUUAAAAGAAGCUCCUGGAGCACCAAUUCACAUGGGUAACCCUGGUCUGUUGGGAAUACAAGAUCUUUCCAAGCCAGACUACGGAGAUUCAGUUCACCUUCAACCUGGUGAUAUCCCAGUGUUUUGGGCCUGCAGUGUCACAGGAAUAGAAGCAGUCAUCAACUGCAGAUCUCCGUUGGCUUUUACUCAUUCUUUUGGCUACAUGUUCAAUACUGACCUAAAGAAUGACAGAUUUGCACUCAGAUCCUCAAGAGAAGUCCCACAAGUCCAUUGCAUUUCACAAGAUCCUUUGCAUUAUAGUAUGGUGUCAGCAGAAGCAGCAAAAAAGAUAAAGACUCUAGAGAGCCUAAUUGGAAUAGAUCCAGGCAAUCGGGGCAUCGUUCAUUUACUCCGCCCUGGUGAGCUGCUGAAGACCUGCCUGUCCCUGUCCCAUGCUCGGUCUGUGUUGAUAACCACCGGGUUUCCCACCCACUUCAAUUACGAGCCACCAGAAGAGAACGACGGGCCCCCAGGAGCCCUUGCUAUUGCGGCCAUGUUGCAGGCCUUGGAGAAAGAUGUAGCCAUAGUAACAGAUCAGAGAGCCACGGAUCUGAAUAAAAAGAUUAUUGAAGAGGCUGUGCAAAUAGGAAUCCUGAAGGAACCUGUCCCCUUACUGAGUUAUCAAAGGGAAAGUGCCAAUUCAGCUCUAACAUUUUUGUGUGAGAAUGGGAAUCCCAGAAGACCCAGAUUUGAUCACCUGAUAGCAAUAGAGCGUGCUGGGAUGGCCGCUGAUGGCAAUUACUACAAUGCCAGGAAAGUUAAUAUUAAACAUCUAGUGGAUCCUAUAGAUGAACUAUUUUUAGCUGCUCAAACCAUUCCAGGAAUAACAACAACCGGUGUUGGAGAUGGAGGAAAUGAAUUAGGAAUGGGCAAGGUAAAAGAUUCUGUAAAGAAGCACAUAAAAAAUGGAGACGUUAUAGCUUGUGAUGUUGCAGCUGACUUUGCUGUUGUAGCUGGAGUCUCCAACUGGGGAGGCUAUGCCAUUGCUUGUGCUCUGUAUAUUCUCAGCACCUGUGAAAUACACAAUUGCUAUCUGAGGAGAGCAGUUGGGUUUUCACAGUCACCGAAGAAGACAGUCUGGCUGUCAGCACUUCCAUCAGUUACAAAGGAAGAAAAGCUUCUGAAAGCACUUGUGCAGCUUGGGGUCCGCAGUGGAGCAUCUGCCAGCCUGGAAAUGGAGGUGGACGCGCUGCCCUUCUACAACACCCAUGCACCCUUGAUUGAAAAACUGCUGCACGAGGUGCAGCACUGACUGCUCCCUGAUGAUUUCUACAUCAGGAGGUGAUCCUACCUUAUUUCUUUAUGCUCUAGGCUCUCGCAAGGUAAAAGAGGAUCAGAAAAAGAUGAGUCUGUCUCUCUUAAGUACUGGACUUUCAUCUCUGGUGUCUUGCCAAUGCACAACUUUGUAUUAUUGCCUUUACAAAAUUUCUGUGAAAUGGGAAGGAGCUAUCAUGAUGAUUCAGCCUACCUUUCAUUCAUGUGGUUUUAUAAUGGAUAUGAAAAGAUAUUGCACACUAAGCGGUGAUCUGGAUUUGACAAAGAAAUCUUCUCAUUAAAAUGAAAUGCGAUUGCA